AUGAAUAACGUACAGGUUGAUCCUGAAUCAAAGAAAGUCUGAAUUAAUUCAAACAUUCCCCAAAUAAGUCAGAGUCCGAAGGAGGGGGAGCCACAGGUUAGGUCCAGGAAUAGGUCACAUUCUUAUACAACAAUGACGGAAAAUUUGUAUAAGAAAACUAUCCUGCCCAAGAAAUUUGAUCAGAAGAGGAAAAGGAUAUGGCAGACAUCUGAUGAUGAUUUUGAGCAUUAUAUGAAUCAUAGAAAAUAACAGGUUUCAGGCCUAUUUUAACAGGACAACUGAGCUAGAAAGUGCAAAUGGCGUUAACACGCCACAGGACUUACUAAACUCUUAUUCUCUUUCGAGGGAUAAGAAUAGGAAAAAUUUGUUAGCUAAGCCUCUCAGAAAUCCCUCUGCUUGAAAAAGUAGGCUACUCGAUCCCAAAUGGGAGAAAAGUCUUGCUGAGUACGAGUCUAGGUCCCGGUCUAUAGAGCCUAAGUACAAGCUGCUGUACAAUAAGCACAAGAAGGUUAACUUCCAGGUACGACUGAAACCAAGAAUCCAAACCAGGAACCAACAUUACUGGGACGAAGAGCGUAAUAGUGCAAUGAGACCUGUCCCCACCCAAACCUCCCACCCCAGAGCCCUUACUUCCAUCACCUACCCCAAAACCCACCAAAAACUAAAAUCCCAUCUAAACCUCAAAUUCCAAACAGACCUAAACCCCAGCAUCCUCCUAUUCAACGCCCUCAACUCCCGCAUCAGAAAGUGCUUCUACAGGGACGCCCAAGGCCACAUGGCUGUGUUCCAGGAAAGACUGUACAGGAUCCACCCAGUGGUUUGUAAAUAAUCUCACGCUUGAGUCCUUCACUGUGAUCUUGAGAAAUUGUAAAUUUUUAGUGGUCAAGCAGGGAAAAGUUCUGUAUAAGCAGAAAGCAUGGGCCAGUGCGUUUUAUUUUGUGCUGUGAGGAGUUCUGAGGCUUGAGAGGGAUGGUGAGGUCUAUGGGCAAGCGCAACUGGGGAAUUUUGUAGGGGAGGAUUUCAUGUUUUUGCCUUCGGAGAGAUUGGAGAGUUAUAAGUUUCAUGAAACUGCUAUAGCUGUUGAUGAAGCCUACCUUCUUGAAGUGCCUUUGUAUAUUUGGCAGAGAGUUAAAGGGAUACUUUUGGAGAUGGGAAAUGUUCAAUGAGUUAAAAAUUUUCAGACGUUAAUCAAGAGUAGUUAUGUAUUGAAAAGAAAUUGGAAAAACUUUGUUGAUAAUGCAUCAACUCCUUUGCUUUAGGAGUUAUAAUACUUAACAGUUUUUGAGGAUAAAACAUGAGAUAA